CCCGACUUAUCCACGCAGUUUUUGAAUUUUCCGCACCUCAAGCAGCUCAGCAUGUACAUGGUCACCAUCUCGGACUUGUCUGCGCCGUCUCUGCAUUUUCCGCUGCUCAAAGACCAUUGUAUGGGGACUGUCCGGGUAAUCCGAGCACCUAAGCUGCAGGUAUUUGGUUUGGUGUCAAAGGGCAUAUCCAAACUCCACAUUGGAACCACGGUUUUUCAGGAAAUGAUUGCCAUCAGCGUGACAACCGCAAUGCGCACCGUGAAGGUUUUGGUUAUCGAAUCUGUUGGCCCUAAUUUUGAUGCGGUAAUUGGCUUCCUCAAGUGCUUCCCUUGCUUGGAGAGGCUGUAUGUCAUUUCGCGCCAAUGCAAUGAGAUGAAAAAUGUGCUAAAAUAUGACCCACUGGAUCCAAUUGAAUGCCUCGAACUCCAUCUCAAAAGAGUGGCGCCGGAGAACUACUUUGGCAACAUGGCAGAUGUUGACUUCGCCAAAUUUUUCGUUUUGAAUGCGAAAGUGCUAGAACAAAUGAACUUCGCAGUACCUACUUGCCACCGCAACGACAAAUGGAGGUCUGACCAACACAAGCUGUUACAAGUGGACAACAGAGCUUCUUCGGAUGCUCGAUUUGAAUUCACAAGUGGUUAUGGGUAUAAUGGCAUCGAUGACAAGCAUACCCAUGAUUUAUCAAUGGCCGACCCCUUUGGGAGAACCUUGCUUUGAUGCUGCUUGCAAAUUCGGCGCCUUUCAGAAAUGGCCCUUUUUGUAGUUCAAAGUAACCCUUCACCUCUAAUUCUCUGUUCCGUUGUGCCUGAAUGUUAUUUAGUAUCUUCUCUGUUGUAAGAUGUAAGCUGUUUGCACCAUCAGCUUUUGUACUGGCCUUAGAAGGGAGGAGCUAUAAUAUUUGAAUAUUUCAGAAGUUAUAUUUUCUGUUUUGUUGUGCUUGAAUGUUAGUAUUUGACAUAUUUUCUGUAUAGGUGCAGUGGUUUUUUCUUUCCUGUUUGAUGUCACGUUGUAAUAUAUUUACACUAGUUUAACUAGUGGUUGCUA